CCUUUUGCUGUGAUUUCCUCUCUUCCAGGGUUUUGGACCGUGAGAGGAGAGGGGAGAGGUGCUGCGAGGGAUCCGGCCGGGGCCCGGGGGAGGAGGAGCGGCGUAGGGGCGUGCGAUGGCGCUGACGAACUUCAUCCUGACGGUGGUGGGGGUGGGCGCGGCGGUGAUGCUGCUGCGGAGCGACGUCAAGCAGUCGGCGUCCAUCUUCCGCCGCAACGUGCGGCACAUCAGGAAUUGGCUCGAGGAGGAGUCCGCCGCCGCCGCCAAAUCUACUGAGCGAUCUUCACUGAAGGAGUUGGAGUCACAGUCUGCCAAGAAAGAUGCUGCACCCAAGGAGGACAAGCAUUAGAUGAUCUUACUCCUUUAAAAUGCAUUGGCAGUGUGAGGUCCGGUAUUUGAAAUAGCGCCAGUAAAAAAUGUUUUGUAAGCUCUUUAAUCUCGACGAAAAUUUUUCUCAAUAAGGGGGGAUAUGUGAGGUUCAGGAUUAUGAAACAGUAUCACAAAUAGGGUUCAUUAAUCUUGAUGAGAUCUUUUUCUGUGAUGUUGGAUAUGCGAACAUGGUGCCUAGUAUUAUAUUUCUUGAAACUUUAUGUAGUUGAGAUGAAUCUAUAUUUGCAGAAAAGGUGGAAUGUGUACCAUCCUCACUUCUCAAAUUUGACAAUGCAAUACAUGUUUAAUGUUGUAUUUUGCAGCA